CAUCAGCUGGAGCUGUUGGCAGCUGACAAGGCUGUUCUCGGGCUGUGUGUCAUCUCGUCCUCUGGCUCAAACGGUGUCCAAAACCCACAGCAGUAUGGCCACAGCGCAGUCUGCACUGCUGUUAGCAGUACAUGUCCUGCUCAUCUCAGAGUUCAUCCUGGCCAAGAGAGACUACUACGACAUACUGGGGGUCCCUCAAGAUGCCACCGAGCGCCAGAUCAAGAAGGCCUUCCACAAGCUCGCCCUGAAAUACCACCCAGACAGAAACAAGGGGCCAGACGCCGAGUCCAAGUUCAGAGAAAUAGCAGAGGCGUAUGAGACGUUAUCUGAUGAUAAGAGGCGACGAGAGUACAACCAGUUUGGCCACGCUUCAUCAUCUGGGGAUGGCCAUGCAGGAGGAGCAGGAGGAGGAGGAGGCGGCGGCAACUACAACUACCACCAGCACUUUCAGUCCUUCAACUUCAAUUUUGAUGACAUUUUCAAAGACAGUGACCCAUUUGGUCAACAACAACAACAACACCACCAACACCACUUUCACUCCCACCCCUCACAGAAUCAAGCCCAUCAAAAGAGACAGUUUGACAGUCACUUCCAGGCGCACAGGGAGGCGAUGAACAGGCACAAAAGACAGUUUCAACAAGGCACCUUUGGUGGAGGAGUCUUUGACACCAUGUUUGAAGACUUGGAGAAGAUGUUCUCCUUUAACACACACAGUUCCAGGAGUGACAGUACAUUCCAGAGCUCGGGAAAGCAGCACUGCAGGACAGUGACUCAGCGCAAGGGGAACAUGGUGACCACCUUCACUGACUGCUCCUGAGACCGGCAGGAAAACAGUGCUCCACAGAGCACAGCCAUUUCGAACACUGCUGGGCUUUACUUGUGGUUUUGGAAUUCAUUGCUAAUUUAUCACUUGGUGAAACAGAGGAUGGUUUUGUGUGGCUUUUUUUUUGUUGUAAAUUUCUGUAUGUAAUUUCCUCUAGGAACAAAUAUCCGAGCUGACUCCAUGAAUGGCUGCCUCCAAGCAAUAACCCACAGCACAGCGACAAGUAGCAGUCUCACUCACAUACAGUACCUCUCCAUUAUUAAGCUUUCCAGGUUCUUCAUGUUUAUUUCAUGUGUUCAUUGAUAUGAUGGUACAAUCUAGAGUAUCUAUCCGACUCAGGUGUGGCCUAAAUUUAACAAAAUAAUUUAAACAAAAAGGUGGGGUUUUUUGGAAGCUGUGAGGCAAUAAGAUUGAUCAAAUUGUGAAGCAUUUAUUCUACAGCUAAUUAGGCCAUACGGUUAUAUACUUAAAAGUGUUGCCGCACUGCGAUACGUGUACUUUUCACCCAUGGGUUUUACUAAUUAGCUUAACUAUUCAUUUGUGCAAAAUUUGGAUUUAAAAUUUAAAGCACUUGCUUCAAAUGGAAUCAUUGAAGUGUGAAUUCACAUUCUGGGAUGUGUGUGUAAGUGAGCCAUUAUCAACUGUUACCUCGUUUUUGUUUUUCCUUCAGAGCUGAAUCGACCUUCCUUCAAUCGGGGCAGGAAAAUAACAUGAGUCUCAUGACAAAUACUGGUAGCUACGGGCAUAGUGUGUGCCCUUUCUCAGCUGCAUAACCGCCUGUAUUGAUGGUUACACAAUCCUGUGGGGCCAGGGAAGCUGAACGGUCUGAAAAGUUGUUUCCCAAACUGAUCAUAAUGUGCAAUAUUAAGUACCUUUGCUCUUCAUGUUGCCUAUCCUUCAUAGACAGUGCUAUGUUGAUGUCAUUGUCUGAUGUCUGCACUUUGUGUGUGUGUGUGAGUGUGUGUGUGUGAACAUCUGAAUGUUGCAAUAUAUUUGAAGAAUGAAUAAAAUGUUUAAAAGAG